UACUCUAUCAGAUCAACAUUUCAAUUCCCAUUACCAAGUGACAAGGUAUAAGAUAGAGACACACACAAGUGAAAGAAAAAAAAAACACUAUUUAAAGCACUUAAAGCACUCCUACUUUAUAUGCAUAAUAAUAAUAACUUGCCCUUUUGUUACAUAAAUAUUCCCCUUUCAUUAGUACUAAUUCCCAUUUAUAUAUUAUAACCUAUAGUAGCUCCAUUCAUUCUCCUACUUAUAAGCAUUUUUUCUAUCCAUCAUCAUAUAUAUAUUUGCAUCACAACUACACAAAAGAAUAAUAGUGACAAAAAAAACCCUAGCUUCUUUCUUUCUUUCCUUCUUUCUUUCUUUCUUUCUUCAUUGGCCUAAUAGCUGCUAUUAUACACCAAAAAUGUGGAUGGUGGGUUACAAUGAAGGUGGAGGUGGCGAUCAUCAUCACCAUCAGUUAAACAUGGUUGUUGAUCACCAUCAUCAUCAUCACCAUCAUCAUCCAUUCGGAGCUUCUGGAAGAAAGCUAAGGCCUCUCAUGCCAAGACCAAUGACUUCUCCUAACAACUCAACAACAACGACAACAACAACAACCAAUAACAACAACAACAACAACAACAACCCAUGCUUAAGCCUUGUUCAUCAUCAGGGCAACGAUUUCUUCUCUCAAUAUCACAACCAUUUAUCGACAGUGGGAGAGCAGAACAAGAGGGAAAAUGGUAACAACAACAAUAAUGGUUCGGCACCGGUUGUGGUGAGUUCCCGGUGGAAUCCAACGCCAGAGCAGCUGAGAGCGCUUGAGGAGCUGUACAGAAGAGGGACUCGGACGCCGUCGGCGGAGCAAAUCCAACACAUAACAGCGCAGCUGAGAAGGUUUGGGAAGAUUGAGGGCAAGAAUGUCUUUUACUGGUUUCAGAAUCAUAAGGCUAGGGAGAGGCAAAAGCGUCGCCGCCAGAUGGAAUCAUCUGAUACCAAUAACAAUAAUCAUCCACUUCAAAACAACAAUCACCACCGUGAUUUUGAUUCUUCUUCUGAAAAGAAAGAACUGGCAGCAAGUAGGACAAUGGUUGAAGUUGAACAGACCAAAAACUGGGCAUCCUCUACAAACUGCACUACUCUUGCAGAGGAAUCUGUUUCAAUGGAAAGAGAGGGAGGAGCAGGAAAAGCAGGAGUGGCAGAGUGUAGAGCAGAUGGAUGGGUCCAAUUCGAAGAAGGGGAAUUACAACAAAGAAGGAACUUUAUGGAAAGGAAUGCCACGUGGCACAUGAUGAUGCAUCAUCACUCCCCAUGUGCUGCUGCUGCACCACCUGCACCUGCACCACCUGUCACACACCUCAUAAAUGCCCCUCCUCCUCCUCCUACUUCUUCUUCCUCUCUUCCUCUUCUUCUUCCUCUUCAACCAUCAAAGCUCAUUAAUAAUAAUAAUAAUAAUCUCAGCUUCUUUAUUUCAUCAGAAAACAAUUACAACAACACCACUCUUCUCCACUUAACCACCACUCAUAGCAAUGAAGAAGAUGAUGAUGUUCUUGUUGAUAAUAGUAUUAUUAACAUUCAUCAUCAUCAUCAUCAGAAUGAAAAUCAAACCCUUCAACUUUUCCCUCUAAGGAGCGGUGACGAUCUUCAUCAUCACAUUAACGGCAAAGGGACAGAGAUAUCAGCAUCAAAUGAUGCCAUCACCCCAAACCACCAUCACUUCUUUGAGUUCCUUCCUUUGAAGAACAACUAACUAACUAUUUCAAGAUAUUUUUAUUAUAUUAUAUUUAUUUGCUGUGUUUCCUGUUUAGUUUCUUUCUCUUUAUUAUUAUUGUUAGUAGUAGUAGUAGUAGCAGUGGUGAUGUUAAUGUUACAAAAAAUUAGUGUUGUAAUAGGACAGUGAG